AUGUCCACAGAAGCUCCUUCAACUGCUGAGCUGGAGAAGAACAAGAAGCCGCAUGCCUUCACCAUUGACAGCAUCCUGUCCGGCUCGGCGGAGAGCAGAGCCCCCGUCCUCUUCCCCUUCUGCUUCCGAGGCAUUUGGGACCACCAAGACCCCAAAGCGCUGUGCUUUUGGGGAAAUCUGGGCACUUUCCCGGAGGAGGAAGAAGCGGAGGAAGCGGAGAGAGUCAGGAUGUCGUGCAACUGUUGCUGCUGUUCCAAGGAGAGCGUUCGCACGUGGCGAGACAGCGCAAAUUGGCUUGGUGACCCCAGGUGUGCGUGGCCCAUGAAGCUGUUCUACCCCCUGGCCAGGCCCUGCAGGAAUCACCGCGGCAGCCCGAGCGAGCUGCAGACCUUCCACCAGAUCCAGAGACGGACCCGGCGACAUCGGACCAUCUUCACGGAAGACCAGCUCCAGGCCUUGGAGGCCCUUUUCCAUAAGAACCAGUACCCAGAUGUGAUCACCAGAGAGCACUUAGCCAGCCAGAUCCACCUGAAGGAAGAGAGAGUUGAGGUUUGGUUUAAAAACCGCCGAGCCAAAUGGAGACAUCAGAAAAGAGCUGCAGCGUCGUCACUCAUCCUCCCAGUGGCCAAGAUGUCUUCCGAAGAGAAGCGUUGA